GGUGCGCCCGGCGCGCAUGCGCGGGCAUGCGCUACCAUCCCAGAACCGGAAGUGGCGCGGGGCCGGGCAUGGCGGCGGUGGCCGAGGGCGUCCAGGCGACCCACCCGGAGGAGCCGGUUCGAGACGAUGCCGCCGUGGAGACAGCUGAGGAGGCAAAGGAGCCGGCUGAAGCUGACAUCGCUGAGCUCUGCCGGGACAUGUUCUCCAAAAUGGCAACUUACCUGACCGGUGAACUAACGGCCACCAGUGAAGACUAUAAGCUCCUGGAAAAUAUGAAUAAACUGACCAGCCUGAAGUAUCUUGAAAUGAAAGAUAUUGCUAUAAACAUUAGUAGAAACUUAAAGGACUUAAACCAGAAGUAUGCUGGACUGCAGCCUUAUCUGGAUCAGAUCAAUGUAAUUGAGGAGCAGGUAGCAGCUCUUGAGCAGGCAGCUUACAAGUUGGAUGCAUACUCAAAAAAACUGGAAGCCAAGUACAAGAAGCUGGAGAAACGUUGAAAAACUUAUUUCUAUGGGACAACGUCUUUUUUAAUGUGGAAGAAUGUUUUUAUAAGCCCUGAAUCCUGAGGCCGAUGAAUUGUUAAAACUCCUCAAAAGGAAACUAUGUUGGUCAUCCCAGAAACAUCCCAACAUUGGACUAAACUGGAGGACUGUGGCUACUCCUGAACUUCUUUUGAGGCAUUAUCCCUCGGAAACUCACACUUAAAACUCCCUUAUCUUUUACUUGAAUGCUUCAUUGUCUAUUCAGGACAGAAUCUCUCAAAGUUCAGGAUAAACCUAGGCUUGCCAGUAGAGUAAAAUGAGAGGACCUAUUUUCUUGGGUAGUGGUUGAUUACUAUAUUAUUAUCUGGCUGUUUUAAGUUUCUGUGUAUAUGUUUUUUUUUUCUGUUAAUGAUGCUUAUGUAUUGCUAAACAAGAUCUAAAUUAAAAAAGGAAAACAAAACAAAUACACUUUA